AUGAGAUCAACAUCGCAUUCGGAUCGUUCAAUUGUGAAUUCCACAAAUUUCGAAUUGCCACGUGUCAGAUUUGGAUACAAAGAGGACCGAUGUCUGAUUGUGAUCUACACAGGAGUCGAAAAAUUCCUGAAAUUGGAAAUGAUUAAAGGAGCUCAUGGGAUUACUGUAUUGAGGAUCUCCCGUGCAGUCUGGGAAACUACUGUAAAGAUUGUGGAGACCCAUUCGAGUAUUGAAGACGUUGGAAGUGAUUCAGAAGACUCUCCAGAAGAUUCCGAACUCGAAAGCGAUCCAGAAGACGAUUUAGACGACGUCAGGGAUUCUGAAACCUCGAAAAUUCUCAUUUUUCUUCUUUUCCCGAUUCUUGGAGCUAUGGUUUUUUACUGGAUUUUUCUUGAAUUUUACGCUUUCUCAUGA